AUGGUGGCCAGUGUAGAUACUAUAAUAGGGUCGAUCCGAGAUGGUCUUGCUAGUCUGGAAACAUCGGAAUUGUCAAUGAUCUUUCUGCCAAUCUUUUGCUACUGGGCUUAUUCAACCCUGUUUUACGUACUGAGCAUACUCAGGAUUACUUCUGUCGAACUGCAUAAAAUACCGACAAAUCAACCCUCAAGAAGGCCGCCAAAUCCUACUGUCUCUGCUGUCCUCACAAAGGUUGCCAUACAGCAUGUAUUCCAAGCCAUAGUCGCUCUAGGUAUCGCUGUAGUCGCUAGACCAUCAUCAGAUGCCCCACCACGACAAAUAGAAGAAUGGUAUAUCAUGAUACCAAAAAUAGUCAUUGCUGCACUCCUUCUCGACACAUAUCAGUACUGGAUGCACCGCUGGAUGCAUCUGAACCGCUAUUUAUAUCGUACCAUACACUCUGUACAUCACGAACUCACUGCACCAUAUGCAUUCGGUGCACUGUAUAAUCACCCAUUGGAGGGCCUGUUAAUGGAUACCGUUGGUGGAGCUGUGCCUUCGAUAUUGCUAGAUAUGCAUCCGUGGACUUCGACCAUCUUCUUUACUGUUGCUACGCUAAAGACAGUGGAUGAUCAUUGUGGGUAUACCUUACCGUGGGAUCCAUUCCAAGCAAUGUUCCCAAAUAAUGCAGCAUAUCACGAUCUUCACCAUUAUGGCAAGGGUAUAAGGUACAACUUUAGCCAACCCUUCUUCAAUUUUUGGGAUUACUACUGCAACACCGAUUAUGAGACUGAAAUGGCCAAGCUGCAACAGAAGAAGAAGCACGUGGAACAUAUAAAUGGCACCACAGAAGAGAAGAAGAAGCACGUUGAACAUAUAAAUGAUUCAAAAAAAGUGGGGUCGACGAGCAAUGGUAAUGCUGCUGGCAAAGCCAAUGGUAAAACUAACGGCAACGGUCAUGCAUAUACGAAUGGGAGUGCUACUGCUACCGUUACUGUCACUACUCCAGUCAGAAGGUCACCACGUCGUCAUAAAUAA